ACAAGGAACUUAAACGUCAUCGUGCCCAUAUUUGGACUCGUUUUCCUGCAAAAAGUUGGCGCGUGUAGUGCUUCUUGAAGCCACUGACCAUAACAACGCUGCUUUAACACAGAUUGUUGUGUUUAUUAAGCAUUUUGCCAGCGUUAUCUCGGCUGAUUCAGCAGUACAAAACGCCAAGUUUUGUCAUUCUGACAUGUCUUGUGUACAGUCCGAGGAUGUAAGAAGUCCUAGAGUACUAAAUUAAUAUGAUUAUUCCACUUGUAAUACCUUUAGACUCGCGCACCUGCAUGAAGAGCUCGGUCUCUCUCCUUUUCAGUACUGCACGAGAGACUACAGGCGGGACAUUUGCGAAUAAUCGCGAAUUAACUGGCCUUAGCAGUAUUAAAAAAACACUUAAAGCAAGACCUGGAUAUUACAAAUACCUGAUGAAUUUUCUUCUUUUUUUUUUUUAAUAAUAGCCUAACAAAAAUGCAGUACUACGUACCUUUAAAAACGCGCGCAGCCACAGAGUCCAUGCGCUGCGGCCAGCACAUUGUUCAAUUAUGCAUUCUCUUGUUUUAUAUAGUGAACGCAUAAAUUGCAAUGCUCGCAUUAUAACAGUUUAUGGCCUCGUCCCCUCUCAUCCAGGGGCUUGUUUACAGUCCCUGCAGUUCCCGGCAAUUACGUCACGGCGCGUAACAGGCGAGGCGUGGUCAGCGGUCGACGCAAAAAUCUCAACCAAUCAGCAACGUCCCGACAGUAGGAGCCGACCGCCGUCGGUAUAAAAGACAAUGUGGCGCUCAGCUCACCAAUCCAUAUGAACCUUCGCGUUUGAUUAAAAAAGUCGCAGGGCCACUGCCAGCACGUGCCUCCCUGACUUUCUUUUCCAUUCGUUUUGUACAGACAUCCGACUCACAACGGAAUCUGGGAAGAUCUUUGGACAUCGUCUCAUUUGAGGUUUUGCGCGUCUCAACGCUGACCCGCGGUUCUUCUGUGUUGGGACAUUUCUGCCAGCUCCGUCGUAUGAUCGGACAGUCUGUGAGUGCUUGAGAGAAGGACCGACAUUUGAAUUUUGCUUAAGAGAGACUGAUCUUUGAUAGCUGCCCGAGGCGUUUGAUUUAACGGGACAUUUCACUGAAAAAAGGGGUGCUGUAGGUAAGCAAAAGAGACUUCCAUUUAACGACUCUAUGUCCACAAAAAUGGAACAACCGUUUUACCACGACGACUCAUUUUUGCUGGGUUAUGGCCACUCAGACGCCGCUCUGCACGACUACAAACUUCAGAAGCAGGCUAUGGACUUGAACCUGGCGGUGCCGUAUCGGAACCUCAAGUCUGAUCUGUACCAGGCAGUCAGCGCGGAUGUCGGAUCCCUCAAGCUCGCGGCCCCAGAGCUAGAGAGGCUCAUCAUCCAGAACAGCAACGGUGUCAUCACAACUCCUACGCCAGGACAGUACCUGUACGGCCGGGGCAUCACCGACGAGCAGGAGGGUUUUGCUGAAGGGUUCGUGAAAGCCCUGGACGAGUUGCAUAAAAUGAACCAGCCCCCGCCCAACGUGUCUAUUGGAGCCGGAGGAGUGACGACGUGCUCGGCCACUGCCUCCGUGUUCGGCUCCUCCCUGCAACCCGAGCCUCCCAUCUACACCACACUGAACGCGUACUGUCCGGCACCCAGCCUGUCUUCUUCCGCAUCCAGCUACCCCUCGGCCACGAUUAGCUACCUGCCACCGCACAUACAGCAAAGCCAGCACCCGGAAACCUCGACGCUCCCUUUCCAGAACCCCCUAACCACGGCCGCCGGAGUCACUUCGCAGCGCUUCGUGGCUCUGAAAGAAGAACCGCAAACCGUGCCAGACAUGCACAACAGCGACGGCACGCCGCCCAUGUCGCCGAUCGACAUGGAGACCCAGGAGAGGAUCAAGGCGGAGCGUAAGAGGCUGCGAAACCGCCUGGCUGCGACCAAGUGCCGGCGGCGCAAGCUGGAGCGCAUCGCGCGAUUGGAAGACCGAGUCAAAGUCCUGAAGUCGGACAACGCGGGGCUGUCCAACACCGCGUCCGUGCUCCGGGAGCAGGUCGCCCAGCUGAAGCAGAAGGUGCUCAGACACGUAAGCAGCGGCUGUCAGCUCAUGCUGACGAGCAAGAUGGAGGCGUUCUGAACCGAAAGGCGCAGGCCUAUUCACUAACAUUUAUCGGAAGGGGGAAAGAAAAACACUGGAAGACUGUUUGACAUUCAUGUACGUGCCAUCUGAGUACCACUGGGACAUAACAAUAUUCUACUGGGACGCAGGAGAUUGUGAAAUGGUACUUCCGAUUGCUGGGCACCGUCCAAGGGGCAAGAAAACGAGGUGCAGCAGCGAAUACACAAACACAGAACUGAACAAGAGUCGAGUACAAACUGUUCUGAGGCAGAAGAAACAGGCCAGUAGCCUACUCCAUGUCAAUAACGUCGUUCUCGUUAUGAUCAAAGGGAGAUUUGUAUGUUAGUAGCCUAUUACGUAAAUGCAUCCGAUAUUGUCAUGCAAUACGGCUAUCCUAAAUGUGUAAAUUAUUAUUAUUGUUUUCAGUCAGGUUGAUCCUGACUCCUGUUAACAAUGUCUCAUGUUUACAAUUUAUUUUUUGUUUGUUUUUUUUAAUUUGUGCGCUGUUUAUUUAAGUAAAAACAUUUAAAUAUA